ACAGUUUACUUGUUAACGGCUGAGGGUUUUUAAUUCUCAUAUCUUCUAUGUUCUUUAGCGUGAUCUUUAUUUGUGUACCUUUAAGUCCAGAAUGUGUGUUUGAAUGUGUAUUCCUUGUAUGUCUAUCUGCAUUUUCUAAAGUCUGAGCUCGUAAAUUUCCAGGGAAAUGUUCAUAUUGUUAUGUUGACACGAGCAAUUGAAAUAAUGAGAGCAGUUCAUAGCAAGGCAAUUCUAGUGGUGUAUCAUGCGGCGAAGUUCAUGCCGAUGUGGGCAGCGAGUUCAUGCCGAUGUUGGCAGCGAAGUUCAUGCUGAAGUUGGCAGCGAAGUUCAUGCUGAAGUUGGCAGCGAAGUUGGUGGUGUGGAAUCUGGUCGCUGAGUUUGUCAGAAAGCAACUAACAGAUUCCUUGGCACGGUUGACAAUAGAUUCCAUGGCACCGUUAGCGAUAAAGUCAACGAUGAUGUCAAUGACUGUGGUGACAUUUUUCGUGGCACCGUUAGCGGCAGUUUUGGUGGACAGGUUUGCCGCAGGUUUGGUGGACCGGUUUGUGACAAAGUUGGUGGCAAAGAUGGCCAGAGAAUUAGUGGCACCCAGGUUAGUGACUAAGUUAGCCACUAAUUUUGUGGCGCCGGCGUAUCUGGUGGAAUGGUUGGUGGCGUAUUUGAUGGAAUUGUUGAUGGUGAAAUUGCUGAAAAAUCGGGUCGAAUUCAAUGACGAUCUAUAUCAUCCUUUCCUGCAUUUACUCCUCAACUGCUCUCUUGACUUGUGCUUUUGUUUUUGGUAUUUGCUUAUUGGAUGCGAGACAUCGUGCCCCGUUGGUGGCAUUCGGCUCCCUUAGCGGCUUAUCGGGUCUCACUAAAGCCCCUGCUUACCGAAGCUCAAUUAUUCUAAACAGCGGGAAGAGGAAUUCAAAGACAUUGCAAUGCAUAAAUGACAAUUUAAGAGGACAAGUGUAGUACCAUUUCUUUGAACUAUAUUUCUCAACUCUUUUGUGGGUUUCGAAACAGGUUCGUAAUUGUACCAGCAUAAGCUAUUUCAUGGAAGAGUCCCGGGGAUGUCGGACGAGUGUCUCGGAUGUCGGAAGAUGUACGCGUGGGAACCGGCGGAACACGUGACCUAAGUGGAAUCGUAUAUCUUAGAAAAUAAAGGACAUAUUAUGAACAAGUGUAGUACCAUUUGA